CCACCGGGAACGUAUCGAACACGACAUUUGUCGGUGCGGAUCGGGUCACUCGACCCACGGUUGGGACAAACAAUAGUAAUAUACACAAUACACAAACCCAACAAUCCCAACAAAGCCAACGAACCCAACAAACCCAACAAUCCCAACAAUCCCAUCAACAGGAAUUGGGUUUCGUCGAGUCAAUAAUUGCUAGAAUCCAAACAGACAGACAGAGACCAACCGCAUCUAUUACAGAAUGGCUCCGGAUGCGGAUAAGCUUCGACAACGCCAGACGACUGCGGUAGCGAAGCAUAAUGCUGCUACCAUAUCGACGCAGGAACGCCUUUGCAGUCUGUCUUCGCUCAACGGCGAAGAAGUCUGCAUCGACGGAAUCAUCUAUGACCUCCAAUCAUUCGAUCAUCCCGGGGGUGAAACGAUCAAAAUGUUUGGUGGCAACGAUGUCACUGUACAGUACAAGAUGAUUCACCCGUACCAUACCGAGAAGCAUUUGGAAAAGAUGAAGCGCGUCGGCAAGGUGACGGAUUUCGUCUGCGAGUACAAGUUCGAUACCGGAUUUGAACGCGAAAUCAAACGAGAAGUCUUCAAGAUUGUGCGACGAGGCAAGGAUUUCGGUACUUUGGGAUGGUUCUUCCGUGCGUUUUGCUACAUUGCCAUUUUCUUCUACCUGCAGUACCAUUGGGUCACCACGGGAACCUCUUGGCUGCUGGCUGUGGCCUACGGAGUCUCCCAAGCGAUGAUUGGCAUGAAUGUCCAACACGAUGCCAACCACGGGGCCACCUCCAAGCGUCCCUGGGUCAACGACAUGCUAGGCCUCGGUGCGGAUUUUAUUGGUGGAUCCAAGUGGCUCUGGCAGGAACAACACUGGACCCACCACGCUUACACCAAUCACGCCGAGAUGGAUCCCGAUAGCUUUGGUGCCGAACCAAUGCUCCUAUUCAACGACUAUCCCUUGGAUCAUCCCGCUCGUACCUGGCUACAUCGCUUUCAAGCAGUCUUUUACAUGCCCGUCUUGGCUGGAUACUGGUUGUCCGCUGUCUUCAAUCCACAAAUUCUUGACCUCCAGCAACGCGGCGCACUUUCCGUCGGUAUCCGUCUCGACAACGCUUUCAUUCACUCGCGACGCAAGUAUGCGGUUUUCUGGCGGGCCGUGUACAUUGCGGUGAACGUGAUUGCUCCGUUUUACACCAACUCCGGCCUCGAAUGGUCCUGGCGUGUCUUUGGAAACAUUAUGCUCAUGGGUGUGGCGGAAUCGCUCGCGCUGGCGGUCCUGUUUUCGUUGUCGCACAAUUUCGAAUCCGCCGAUCGCGAUCCGACCGCCCCACUGAAAAAGACGGGAGAACCAGUCGACUGGUUCAAGACACAGGUCGAAACUUCCUGCACUUACGGUGGAUUCCUUUCCGGUUGCUUCACGGGAGGUCUCAACUUUCAGGUUGAACACCACUUGUUCCCACGCAUGAGCAGCGCCUGGUAUCCCUACAUUGCCCCCAAGGUCCGCGAAAUUUGCGCCAAACACGGCGUGCACUACGCCUACUACCCGUGGAUCCACCAAAACUUUCUCUCCACCGUCCGCUACAUGCACGCGGCCGGGACCGGUGCCAACUGGCGCCAGAUGGCCAGAGAAAAUCCCUUGACCGGACGGGCGUAAAAGUACACGACACCACCAAAGGUGGCGUAUGGUGAUCUCUAGAGAACAGACAUAUCCUACUGGAAAUAUCGACGUCCAAACAAUAAUUUUAAAGACUAUUUUUCUGCGUACGAGAUAGUCUGCGUUUCCGUGUCGGAUGCCUCUAUUUGACCUAGUUCUUUGGUCCACCGGAGGCAACAGAGAUUCGACAAGUCCGGGUCCGGAAGGCCGAUUUUCUCGAGUCACGAUUGCCGAGUUUUCAUCUUUCGUCGCAUAGAUCGAUUGCGUCGCCAACGGACCGGAAGCGUAAGCACCCUCUUCCACAAUCAAUCGUACCUUUUGAAAUCUCGUCGUUUGUUGUUGUUGAAAGUUUGCCCAGACUCUAUUUGUUGUUGGCAGACAAGCAUGGGUGCUUCUGGGAAACCGAACGUUGACGCGACCGAGUCGUACCAGAAUGGCAACGGUGAUCGGGAAGAUGUUCGACUGUUCCCUCCUUCCGCCAUUUCCAUCGGUAGUAGUUCGGAGCAUCGUCCCGAAGAACGACAACGAAUUCGCCUGUGUCUCGUUUUGACCCUAUUUUCGGUCUUUUUUGCUCUCACCGCUGUCUUGGCGGUAUGGAAAGCACACUUGCAAGCCGAACACCGAGCCUCUACCCAGGCGUCUUACCGGGCCGGACAGGCUUUGAAACGCCUCAACCGUAAAAGCUCUCAUCAGGCCAAGCACACGGCGUCGGGUUGUGAAACUACCGUUUUGUUAAUGAGGCACUGCGAGAAGCACGGCCCCAUGGCGACUGAAAGUGACGGAUCGACGCAGCACUGUAGUUACAUUGGGCUCGAACGCUCGUACCAUCUAGCCGAAAUGUUCGGACCGGGGCGUCGUUAUCCCUUCCCCUCGCACUUGUUUGCCCUAACUCCUGAUCGAGAAACGUACAUUAAUUUUCGUCAAUGGGAAACUCUGCACCCACUAUCCGAAAAGUCGGGUACCAUGAUCGAAAUUGCAACGCAUCCGCACCUGGCAAACAACAUUAUUGAACUUUUGCGGAGUGGUACCGUGUGCGGAAAGAUCGUGGUUGUUAGUUGGAAACAUUCGCGAAUGCCCGAGUUGGCGACCUUGCUAGGCUGUGGACCCGACAACGGGUGCCCCGAAUCAUAUCCCGACACGGACUUUGACCAAGUAUGGCAACUUAAGUAUGUGUUCCGUCCGGACGGAAGCGAUUUGCCUAAAGACCAGGAAUCGAAAUUGUCAUGGAACAACAGCACGGAUGGCCACGCCCGGGCACGAAGACGGCUCGACGCCAGUAUUUCACACAGUGGAUGGAACGUGUACGCGACCGUGACGAAUCAAAGGUUUGAUCCGCUUGCCUUUUCUCACCAAUCUGGCGACUAUCCGGAAGGAGGAGCCGCAAGCGGUGGGAGGUGGAAGAAAGAUGCCUUUGAGCUCUAGAAAAGGGGUUAUUUUGGAAAAUUUGACACGUUUGAGAUCACUUUUGUCUCCAAAAGUAAUCGUCAUCUGCUAUGCAACAAUUUGUUACUCUUCUCUAUAUCCAAACAAGACGGCCCGCGCUAGUCUUCGCAUCUCAUUCGAUUUCUUUUUCCACGCAGUAAUAGUGCUGGCGAACACUCCGCAGGACAAGGUGCUCGAGCAUUUCGAAAAACAGAACGAUUUGUUCCCGGCUUUCCAAGGAUUGUAUAGGUCUCGAGCCGUCGAACGAUGACCAAGCAUGGUGAAGAGCUUGUGCAUCGUAACGCUUCGUUGAAGCCAUAUUUCGGAGUUCCGACAAAUACUCCCUGAUCCGAACCAUAUCUACUUCCAUCAAGUCCUUUGCUGCCCGAUUGCGCUCUUCUUUCUCCUUGGACGCAUCGAGUAUCAGAGAAAUUUUUCCCCCAAUACCACAAAGCAAGCUUUCCAAUCUGCACGUUGGAUCACGAUACGCAACGGCGCCUCUCACAAUUGUGUCCAUCAUAACAACGGUGUUCUGAAUCAGAAAGCUGCGCGCCACUCGAUUCUUCAGAUCUUCUUUAAAUUGGCCUCUCGCUUCUUCUGCUGUCCAUCGAUAAAAGGGAUCGUAGCCCAACAUAGGGAACAAUGUUUUGCAGUC